UCUCUCUAUCUCUCUCCUCAUCUCUCCCUCUCAUGGAGAAUCAGAAGCGCCAAGAGCAGCCAAUAAGCUCUGCAAGGAAGAGUCCUAAACGGAAGCAAGAAGAAGACUACGAUGUAGAUAGCAAGAUCGCUUCUCUUUCGCAUCAUGAUUCUCAGGAAGAUUUCGUUAGAGAGGUUAUUGCUCAGGCUCAGAUCCUCCGUACUACUUUCACCUCGCUUGAAGCUAAUCGCGCCUCUGCUAAGCACGCUAUUCAUAUUCUCUCUGAAUUUGCGAAGAACGAAGAAUUUGUUAAUACGAUAGUUGAUUGUGGAGCUGUACCGGCACUGGUGACGCAUCUUCAGGCGCCGCCACCGUUGAACGAUGUUGAUACUGGUUUGAGGUUUUACGAGCAUGAAGUCGAGAAAGGGAGUGCUUUCACUCUUGGACUUCUUGCUGUAAAGCCAGAACAUCAGCGACUCAUAGUAGAUGCUGGAGCACUUCCCCAUCUAGUGAAUCUAUUGAAGAGACAUAAGGAUGGUCAAAACUCUAGAGCUGUUGUUGGUGUCAUGAGGAGAGCAGCUGAUGCUAUCACCAAUCUUGCUCAUGAAAAUAGCUGCAUUAAAACACGUGUUAGAACGGAAGGUGGGAUUCCUCCCCUUGUUGAAUUAUUAGAGUACGUUGAUUUGAAGGUCCAGAGAGCUGCUGCUGGGACACUGCGCACUCUCGCAUUCAAAAAUGACGAGAAUAAAAAUCAGAUAGUGGAGUGUAAUGCUCUGCCUACUCUUGUUCUAAUGCUUCGAUCAGAGGAUCCCACCAUACACUAUGAAGCGGUUGGUGUCAUUGGAAAUUUGGUGCAUUCCUCACCUUCGAUAAAGAAAGAAGUCCUACUUGCUGGAGCUUUACAACCAGUCAUAGGAUUGCUGAGUUCCUGCUGCACGGAGAGCCAAAGAGAAGCAGCUUUGCUACUUGGACAAUUUGCUGUUACUGAUUCUGACUGCAAGGUUCACAUUGUGCAAAGAGGUGCGGUGCCACCAUUAAUUGAGAUGCUUCAGUCUUCUGACACACAACUGAAGGAGAUGGCGGCAUUUGCUCUUGGAAGGCUGGCUCAGGUACUUUUAUUUGGGCAUUUAUUCUACUCUGAUAACCACAAUCAAGCUGUGAUUGCACACAAUGGUGGUAUAGCUCCAUUGCUAAAACUUCUUGAUUCAAAGAAUGGAUCUCUGCAGAAUAAUGCUGCAUUUGCUCUUUAUGGUCUUGCAGACAAUGAGGAUAAUGUUACAGAAUUUGUUAAGAUUGGGGGUGUUCAAAAGCUUCAAGAUGGAGAAUUCAUUUUCCAAGUACAGUCACCAUAA